AUCACGGCUUCCUACAUGAGAGACAUCUAUGCCCGUGGACCCACAGAUUCGAAAUGGGUUUGCAUGCGCUACUUGCAACGCAUCGUCGAAGUGGCCCAGGCCAACUGCAUCAUUGUCCUCAUCGAGUAUCCCAGCUUCCUGAGCAUUCUCUCCGACGAGCGGCAUGUGAUCAAGUGUGAGAAGCAGCCGGUCAAAGAAUCCUGGGACGUUAAAGUUGCGUCCGCCGAAUCGUCCGAGUCCCGCUUGGAAAUCCUUAAGAAUGCCAUAAAUUUGGAGCUAGGCAGUGUCGCGCCCGCCACCCCUCAAGAAUAAGGCAUCUAUCAAGCGCUCAUCCAAUUUUAGU